GGGCUAAGUGGGUUAAAUUUGUUCUCUCAUCACUGAUUUAUGUCCUAUCGACAAAAUUCGAUAAAUCUUCACCCCUGCAUGUACGCGUCUUUACAAUUUGUUGAUAAAAAUGGAAAAUAUUCCGCGAACACAUGAAGACAUCGAGGCCCAGAUCACUGUUAUACAGGAGAAGAAAACGGAGCUGGCCAAGACCACAGCGGCAGCGGAGGGUGUGGGAUUGUUGGACAGCGGCGGAUUCUUCGACACCGAUUUGUAUGACGAGGAGGCCGCCAAGGGCAAGGGCCGCUAUGAGGGCUACAACACAUCGAUCGCCGCCAAUGACGAGGGCGAUGAGGACGAAGACGAUGGCUUCCCAGUGCCACAGAAACGCACCACAUACACGGCGCCCAUUUCCGUGCUGAAGGAUGUCACCCAGGGCAAGGAGGAUGUGGAUCCAUUUGCGGAUCGACGGCAGCCGACCAUUGCGGAUCGCGAGGAUGAGUACAGGCAGAAGCGGCGUCGCAUUAUCAUCUCGCCCGAGCGUGCCGAUCCCUUUGCCGAUGGCGGCAAGACGCCGGAUGUGGGCUCCCGCACCUACACGGACAUCAUGCGGGAGCAGAUGCUCAAGGGCGAGGAGACGGAGCUUCGGCGCCGCAUCAUGGAGAAGUCCAAGGAUGGUACGCUGGUGAAAAAUUCCGCAUCAGCGUCAUCAUCCAACGGCGACAACUCCUCCAAAGAUAGCAGCUCCAGGAAGCGUGGCCGCUGGGAUCAGACGGUCAGCGAUAGCUUCAUACCGGCCAAGGUGGCGGCGACACCAAGCAGUGCUGCAACACCCACCUGGGAGGAUAAAACACCCGGAGAUCAUCGCUGGGAUGAGACUCCUGGCCACAAGGGCAGCGAGACGCCCGGCGCCACACCGGGACUGGGCACACGCAUCUGGGAUGCCACACCGGCGCAUGCCAUGACCCCGGGACACGAGACACCUGGCCAUGAGAAGUCGGCGCGACGCAAUCGCUGGGAUGAGACGCCAAAGACAGAGCGCGAGACGCCGGGACACAGUGGCUGGGCAGAGACCCCGAAGCCAGAUCGCACGGGCAGCGGUGCGGGCGGUGAGAGCAUCUCCAUUGAGUCGACACCAGGCGCCUCGAAGCGUCGCUCCAGAUGGGACGAAACCCCUUCGAAUGCGACGCCCGCUAUAACGCCGACAAAUGCCAGCGCCAUGACACCGAAUAUGACGCCCAGCAUGACGCCGCAUGCAACGCCCGGCCAUGCCACACCGAUGCUUACACCCGGCGGCAGCACCCCAGUGGGUGUCAAGGCUAUGGCCAUGGCCACGCCCACUGCAGGUGCGCUGGCUGCCAUGACGCCCGAACAGCUGCAGGCCUAUCGCUGGGAGAAGGAAAUCGAUGAGCGGAACAGGCCCUACACCGACGAGGAGCUCGAUCAGAUGUUCCCGCCCGGCUACAAGAUUCUGCCGCCACCCGCGGGCUAUGUGCCCGUGCGAACGCCCGGCCGCAAGCUCAUGGCCACUCCCACGCCCAUUGCUGGCACCCCGGCGGGCUUCUUCAUUCAGGUGGAGGAUAAGAAUGCCAAAUUUAUGGACAACCAGCCAAAGGGGCAGAAUCUGCCCUUCAUGAAGCCCGAGGAUGCGCAGUAUUUUGACAAGCUGCUGGUGGACGUCAACGAGGAUUCGCUGUCGCCCGAGGAGCUGAAGGAGCGCAAGAUCAUGAAGCUGCUGCUGACCAUCAAGAACGGGUCGCCGCCCAUGCGCAAGUCUGCGCUGCGCCAGAUCACGGACAAGGCGCGUGAGUUCGGCGCGGGGCCGCUCUUCAAUCAGAUCUUGCCGCUGCUCAUGUCACCCACGCUGGAGGAUCAGGAGCGGCACUUGCUGGUGAAGGUCAUCGAUCGCGUUCUGUACAAGCUGGACGAUCUGGUGCGGCCGUAUGUGCACAAGAUUCUGGUCGUGAUUGAGCCGCUGCUGAUCGAUGAGGAUCACUAUGCGCGCAUUGAGGGUCGCGAGAUCAUCUCCAAUUUGGCCAAGGCUGCCGGUCUGGCCACCAUGAUCUCUACGAUGCGUCCGGACAUUGACAACAUCGAUGAGUACGUGAGGAACACAACAGCGCGUGCCUUUGCGGUGGUGGCUUCAGCGCUGGGCAUACCCUCGCUGUUGCCUUUCCUGAAGGCCGUUUGCAAGUCGAAGAAAUCCUGGCAGGCGCGCCACACGGGCAUCAAGAUUGUGCAGCAAAUAGCUAUCCUCAUGGGCUGCGCUAUACUGCCGCAUCUCAAAGCACUCGUGGAGAUCAUCGAGCACGGGCUGGUGGAUGAGCAGCAGAAGGUGCGCACCAUCACGGCGCUGGCCAUUGCGGCACUCGCAGAGGCUGCCACGCCGUACGGCAUUGAGUCAUUCGAUUCGGUGCUGAAGCCCCUGUGGAAGGGCAUACGCACGCAUCGUGGCAAGGGUUUGGCUGCCUUCCUCAAGGCCAUUGGCUAUCUGAUUCCCCUCAUGGACGCUGAGUAUGCCAACUAUUACACGCGCGAGGUGAUGCUGAUUCUCAUACGAGAGUUCCAGUCGCCCGACGAGGAGAUGAAGAAGAUUGUCCUCAAGGUGGUGAAGCAAUGCUGCGCCACGGACGGCGUGGAGCCGCAGUACAUCAAGGAGGAGAUUCUGCCGCACUUUUUCAAGUUCUUCUGGAACCAUCGCAUGGCCCUGGACAGGCGCAACUAUCGCCAGCUGGUGGACACCACCGUUGAGAUAGCCAACAAGGUGGGCGCCUCCGAGAUCAUCAAUCGUGUGGUGGAUGACCUCAAGGACGAGAACGAACAAUACCGCAAAAUGGUGAUGGAAACGGUGGAGAAGAUCAUGGGCAACCUGGGCGCAGCGGACAUUGACUCGCGUCUCGAGGAGCAGCUCAUCGAUGGCAUUCUGUACGCCUUCCAGGAGCAGACCACCGAGGAUGUGGUCAUGCUCAAUGGCUUCGGCACCAUUGUCAAUCAGCUGGGCAAGCGCGUGAAGCCUUAUCUGCCACAGAUCUGCGGCACCAUUCUGUGGCGUUUGAACAACAAAUCCGCAAAGGUGCGCCAGCAGGCAGCGGAUCUCAUCUCGAGGAUUGCUGUGGUGAUGAAGACCUGCCAGGAGGAGAAGCUGAUGGGACAUCUUGGCGUUGUGCUGUACGAGUAUUUGGGCGAGGAGUAUCCCGAGGUGCUGGGCAGCAUCCUGGGCGCACUCAAGGCCAUUGUUAAUGUCAUUGGCAUGACCAAGAUGACGCCGCCCAUCAAAGAUCUCCUGCCCCGCCUCACGCCCAUCCUGAAGAAUCGACACGAAAAGGUGCAGGAGAAUUGCAUUGACCUCGUGGGACGCAUUGCGGAUCGUGGACCCGAGUAUGUGUCCGCACGCGAGUGGAUGCGCAUCUGCUUCGAGCUGCUGGAGCUGCUCAAGGCCCACAAGAAGGCCAUUCGGCGGGCGACAGUCAACACUUUUGGCUACAUUGCCAAGGCCAUUGGGCCGCACGAUGUGCUGGCCACGCUGCUGAACAAUCUGAAGGUGCAGGAGCGACAGAAUCGUGUGUGCACCACGGUAGCCAUUGCCAUUGUGGCCGAGACCUGUCGCCCCUUCACUGUCCUGCCCGCCCUCAUGAACGAGUAUCGAGUGCCCGAGCUGAACGUGCAGAAUGGUGUGCUCAAGUCGCUGGCCUUCCUCUUCGAGUACAUUGGGGAGAUGGGCAAGGAUUACAUCUACGCGGUGUGCCCCCUGCUGGAGGAUGCCCUGAUGGAUCGCGAUCUGGUGCAUCGUCAGACAGCCUGCUCGGCCAUCAAGCACAUGUCGCUCGGCGUCUAUGGCUUUGGCUGCGAGGACGCACUCACGCACCUGCUGAACUAUGUCUGGCCGAAUAUCUUUGAGACGUCGCCGCAUCUGGUGCAGGCCUUCAUGGACUCUGUGGACGGACUGCGCGUGUCGCUGGGCUCCAUCAAGAUCCUGCAGUACACGCUCCAAGGCCUGUUCCAUCCGGCACGCAAGGUGCGCGAUGUCUACUGGAAGAUCUACAAUUCGCUGUACAUUGGCGGGCAGGAUGCGCUCAUUGCGGGUUAUCCGCGGAUCACCAACGAUCCGAAGAAUCAAUACGAACGUUACGAAAUGGAUUACAUGCUCUAAGGGGGGAAACGAGAUCAAUCAUUGGACACACGCAAAAUAUAUACACAAAUUGUA